UAAAUUUUAAUUUUGGCAGUUGUGGACGGGAAGAGAGAAUCCUUAUACUCCGAAAUAGCUCUUUUUCAACUCUCAGGGGCUUGUACAGAACUUGGCCCGACGCCAAUCCGGUUCGUUAACAAACCUAGAUGUCAUCGAAGCCCCAACCUCUAUCUUUCCUAUAAACUACAAGCCCCAAAUCCCGUGUCUCUCUUCUUCAACUCUUCUUAUACGCAAGAUCGAUUUCAUCCGACUCCUGGAAAAUCCAAUUCGGAUCUCACCGGAAGAAUGGCUACUAAUGACUUGGCUUCUGGAAUUGAUAAAAAAUCUGGAGCUGGAUUGGGCCUGAAUUUUUAUGGCGCUGUUGUGCUUGGAGGAACUUUCGACAGAUUGCAUGAUGGUCAUCGCCACCUUUUAAAGGCAUCAGCAAAGUUGGCCAGAGACCGUAUUGUGGUUGGUGUUUGUGACGGGCCAAUGCUGGAGAAGAAAGAGCUAGCCCACCUAAUUGAGCCCGUUGAGAUGAGAAUGAGAGCUGUUGAGGACUACAUUAAGUCCAUUAAACCUGGUUUGACAGUGCAUGUGGAACCCAUCACGGAUCCUUAUGGCCCAUCAAUUGUUGAUGAAAAGUUGGAUGCUAUUAUCGUCAGCAAAGAAACUUUAGAAGGUGGAUCGUCAGUCAACAGGCGGAGAGCUGAAAAAGGUCUUUCGCAAUUGAAGGUUGAGGUUGUUGAUUUGUUAUCUGAAGAUGGAAGUGGGGAAAAGCUGAGCUCAACCAUGCUAAGGAGAGUUGAUGCUGAGAAAUCCAAACAGCAGGAGAACAAGGUUCAAUCACUUGAAAAUGGGGAGAAAAGGUGGGAAAAGGAGAGGGGCCCUGAGCUUUCCUCGUGAUGAGUUUAUAACUGAGAAAGGAUUUUACUUCUCUCGGCCAUUAUUGAUGCUCUCUUUACCAUGCAGUGGAAAAUGUUUCUAUCACAAAAAAAGAAAAAGAAAAAGAAAGAAAAAGCGAUCUGGUGUGUUGCUCCUGUUUCUACCAACAUAUUUACAAGACUAAUAUAUUUCAAUUUUUUUUAAUUUAAUGUAUAGUUUAAUUAAAUUUUGUUAUCAAACCGGGUCUCUCAUCUCUGUAAGAAGGUCAUGGGCUUUUGUUUUGAGGUCACUAGCAUCAUCCAUCCAUCCAUCCAUUGACCACAAACGCCAGUCUCUCUACUCUACCCCACUCUGCAGUAGCACUAAAUCUAUACGUUAUGAUGCAAAAUGCAAGCGUUAUAUAUCACAUGACAUCACGUCAUCCACAGUUUUACAAAAGACCUAUAUGCCUCAUGCUUUUCAUUCCCAUUAAACAUGCCACCACAUCCUUCCUGCCCGGUAAGAGCACUGGUAAUAGUUUCAACCAAAUUACAGCUUGGUACAGAAAUCCCCCCUCAAACGAUAUCCACCCCCUGUAAUUUUUUUCAAGGAAAGGCAAUCAAGUACAGGGCAUACGUGCCACAUGUGUGAGAUCAUUAACCAAUCUAAUAACAGUGGCUUCCUUCCACAUGAAUGCCCCCAAAAUCCUGUAUAAGUGAUAUGGUUAUGGUUUGAUGUAUGUGCAAAAUGCUUCCUUCAUCUAAAGCAAAAUGAUGCCACUAGCAUCCCUCAGGUCAUCACACAAACAGGUGGGGGCCAAUUGGAUCUUGCACAAACUUCUUUCUACAUUGAUAGGUGGGGAACAUUUCCCUGCUCUUAGUCUUCCCGCUAAUUUGGAUUAAGUUGUCUUCCUUAGGUUAACUUAUGUAGUGACAAAUUAGUGACUGCUAUUCUUCUUACUUGGGAAUCCUGUACGUGCGUUUCAUCCUUGAAUUUUAGCGGCACGGGUUUCCAGAAUCGAGUGGUGGCAUGUUAGUAAGCAAUGCAAGCAUAGAGUCUUUGACUUGGGGGUGUGAGUGGUUUCCCUAGCUCAGGUGUAAGCCUUUUU